AUGUCGAUUGACGAUCCGCAGCACAUGCCGCCUCGCUGCUGCAGCCAAGAACAUAUUCCACUCCAGUGUGUGGAUCGGCUUUUCGAUUCUAGCUUCAAAAAGACGUGGAAUCGCAAAUUCUCCGAGUACAACACACGCAACCGGCUAUACUGCCCAUCACGAAAAUGUGGCGAGUGGAUCAUGCCAGACUCGAUUCGCAGAGAAAAUGGCCGCAAAGUAGCGCGCUGCGGUCGCUGCAAGACUAAAGUUUGCGGGUCCUGUGGUGGUAAAUACCACUCAUCAGCGGUAUGUCCGAGUGAUGAGGAUACGGCCAAGUUUCUCGACCAGGCCGCCGAUGCGGGUUGGAAGCGAUGCCAUCGAUGCAAAGCCAUGGUUGAACUGAGGGAGGGGUGCAACCAUAUGACUUGUCGAUGUGGUGCGGAAUUCUGCAUGAUAUGUGCCAAAAAAUGGAAAACUUGCAAUUGCCCGUGGUUCAACCACAACGCCAUGGGUGCCGAUCAUUUGCCCAUGAACAUACCAGGGCAUCCUGGGCAGCACCCGCAAACUUACACAGAGGAGAUGCGCUUGCGUCGCUUACAGGAGCUCCGCGACAGAGUCGUGGCAAGGAGCAUGGAAAACGGCGAGGACUACGACGUGAUGGGAGGUAUAGGAAACAUUACAGGUCUCGGCAACGCGGCAGGACACCACAUGAACGAGAGCUACAGAAGAGAUCACGGUCCACUCCCGUCUCGGCCGCCCCCUUCAUUUGACCGGGGUGCCGGAUACGUCUCGGAUGUCAAUCGGGCCAGGGGCUACGGGUCUAGCUUCCUGGAGCGCCAAAGCUCGACGCGAAGCCGCGGCGGCCGGCAGCCUUCUCCGGUGGCGCCUCCUUUGCGAUACUCGAUAGGGCACGACGACUUGCCAUCGCGACGCGACUCUUCUGGGCGCCAGCACCCAGUAGACGAGAGAGAUUAUCAUCGAGCGCCACAACGAUCGCGGUCGGAGCGCAUCGUUCCCGCGCGCACCUCGCGACGAUACGAGGACGAAGCAGCCAUGCACGCACCGAGUCGAGGACGCCGCGCCAGCGCCGAGCCACCCCGGGGCUCCGCGUUGGCCGGCUUGAACGGCAAAGAUCGGGGCAUGGGUCGGGUGGCAGAAUGGAGGGGCUAUGUCGAGCCGGGGGUACCAGACGGAGAGUCUGUAAUUGGGCACGUCUGA